CUACAGGUUUGCUUUUUGGUUGGAACCAUGCCUUGGGGGACAUGAAGGUAAAAGUCAUUUUUGGACUGCCAUGUGCGCUUGACAUAUGUCGAAAUGUAUUUAACUUCAUCAAAAUCCCAGCAUCAUUCAAAACUCAUAAGAUCACCUUCACAUUGCUAUGGCCUCAGGAGGGAUAGACAACCAGUCACAAGUCUCACUAGAAUACCAGUUCGUCCUCUUCGCCAAAUUUGGGGAUACUAAUGCAGACGGCAAGACCAUUACCUUAACCCAAAUCGACAAGUGGUUCAAACAAGCUGGUGUUUUCGAUAAGAAGCUCACCACAACUGAUACAGCCAUAUCUUUCGGAAAACUCAAAUCGAAGACUAUUACGUUCAAGGAUUUCUGCAACUUCAUUGAAGAUUUGGCCAGUCAGAAGAAGAUUCCCUCCGACGAAAUCAAAGACAAACUGAUCCACUGUGGACAGCCUGGGAUGAACAAGCAAACGCAAGCUGUGAAAUCGGGAGCCGUGGAUAGGCUGACGGAUACUUCGAAGUACACGGGGAGCCAUAAGGAGAGAUUUGAUGAAAGCGGAAAGGGUAAAGGUGUGGCUGGUAGGGAGGACGUUGCCGAGGACACCGGAUAUGUCGGUGGGUAUAAAGGGCAAGGGACGUAUGACAAAAAAUGAUAAUGAACACUAAAGCGAAGCAAUAUUCCGGCGCAAAUUUCUGUGAUAUUGAUACGAUGUUCACUGCCCAAUCGAAUGAAUAUAUCUCCCUAGAAAAUGUAGAAAAAAUAAAUAUGGUAUAAAUACA